AUGAGGCUGGAGCAAAAGAUUGCCCUCGAAAACCGCUCGAAAAACAAGGAGCAAAUGGCGGAAACUGAAAAUGAAAAAGCAGUGAAAGCAGAUUUGCGCCAAGCUAGACUUGCUCUCACCUCGCUUGAAAGAAGUGUGAAUAAGAAUCUCUCUGAGAAUAAAAAGCUUAGAGAAGACUUGAAGGCUGAAAAGGCUAAAAAUGAGAAACUCAUGGAGAAACUUUGUGAUUCUCAAACUGAAGAUGGGAAAAUUAAAAAGCUACAAAAUGACUUGAUCGUUGAAAAACAGAAAAACAAGGAACUUCUUCAGAAAAGAACCUGUUCUAGCGACAAGAAUGAUCAGUAA